UCGCGCGCGGGGGGUGUUUUUCGCUCCGGCGGGUUGCCGCUGCCGCCUGUGCUCCUCCGCUGCCAGCCUUGGGUUUCCCUGGCGCUGCCGCCGCGGCCACUUCUGCGGUCUGUAUGAGGUGAGAGGAGGAUGUGAAGAUGGCGGAGCUGCAGAUGCUGCUGGAGGAGGAAAUCCCGGGGGGCCGCCGGGCCCUCUUCGACAGUUACACGAAUCUGGAACGGGUGGCCGAUUACUGCGAGAACAACUACAUCCAGUCAGCAGAUAAGCAGCGAGCCCUAGAAGAAACCAAAGCCUACACCACGCAGUCCUUAGCAAGUGUUGCUUAUCUGAUAAACACCUUGGCCAACAAUGUUCUGCAGAUGCUGGAUAUCCAGGCGUCCCAGCUACGAAGGAUGGAAUCUUCAAUCAAUCAUAUUUCACAAACAGUUGACAUUCAUAAAGAAAAAGUUGCAAGAAGAGAAAUUGGUAUUUUGACUACCAAUAAAAACACUUCAAGGACACAUAAGAUUAUUGCUCCAGCCAACCUUGAACGACCAGUUCGUUACAUUAGAAAACCUAUUGACUAUACAAUUCUAGAUGAUAUUGGCCAUGGAGUAAAGGUGAGUACCCAGAAUAUGAAGAUGGGUGGGCUGCCGCGUACAACACCUCCAACUCAGAAGCCCCCCAGUCCUCCUAUGUCAGGGAAAGGGACACUUGGGCGGCACUCCCCCUAUCGCACACUGGAGCCAGUGCGUCCUCCAGUGGUACCAAAUGAUUACGUACCUAGCCCAACCCGUAAUAUGGCUCCCUCGCAGCAGAGCCCUGUGAGGACAGCUUCUGUGAAUCAAAGAAAUCGAACUUACAGCAGCAGCGGGAGUAGUGGAGGAAGCCACCCAAGUAGUCGGAGCAGCAGUCGGGAGAACAGCGGAAGUGGGAGUGUGGGGGUUCCUAUUGCUGUUCCUACCCCAUCUCCUCCCAGUGUCUUUCCAGCCCCUGCUGGCUCUGCUGGCACACCUCCCCUUCCUGCUACUUCUGCCUCUGCCCCCGCCCCUCUUGUUCCUGCUACUGUCCCUUCCUCCACUGCCCCAGACGCUGCUGCUGGGGGUGCCCAGACCCUUGCUGAUGGCUUCACUUCUCCAACUCCCCCUGUUGUUUCUUCCACUCCCCCUACAGGUCAUCCUGUUCAGUUCUACAGCAUGAAUAGACCUGCCUCUCGCCAUACUCCCCCAACAAUUGGUGGCUCGUUGCCCUAUAGACGCCCUCCUUCCAUAACUUCACAAACAAGCCUCCAGAAUCAGAUGAACGGAGGACCUUUUUAUAGCCAGAAUCCAGUAUCUCUUGCUCCUCCUCCUCCCUCCAUCCUACAGGUAACUCCUCAGUUACCUUUAAUGGGAUUUGUGGCCAGAGUCCAAGAAAAUAUUUCAGAUACACCACCUCCACCACCACCUGUGGAAGAACCAGUCUUUGAUGAAUCCCCCCCUCCACCUCCUCCUCCAGAAGAUUAUGAAGAAGAGGAAGCGGCCGUGGUUGAGUAUAGUGAUCCUUAUGCUGAAGAGGACCCUCCAUGGGCUCCAAGAUCUUACCUAGAAAAGGUUGUGGCCAUUUAUGAUUAUACAAAAGACAAGGAAGAUGAGCUGUCCUUUCAGGAAGGAGCCAUUAUUUAUGUCAUCAAGAAGAAUGAUGAUGUAUUAAAAACAAAAAAGGAAGCUGAGUCUGAACAGGUGGAUCUUUCUGCCAUCAUUUGUACUAUGCUGAGCUGUCUGGAUUGAAAUAAAGCGACUGUUUCUGAAUAUGUCAGAGCUAUAACCAGAUAUAACUAUAUAGCUAAAACAAAUCAGUAAGACUGAUUGAGAAAAAAAAUCUGGGAUCUUUCUCAGGAAUACACUGUACAUUCUUGGGGUUUCUCCUCCUGCAAAAUCGGUGGCAUUACAUGUUCUUCAAUGCCUGUGCUAAGGGGUUUAACCUCAUGGCCAAAUCUGUCCCUUAGCCCCACACUUUCUUCAACUUGUAUGAGGAGGGAACUGGUAUUUAAAUACCAUACUUAACCAUUUUUAUAAUUGUUUUGGAUGGCUUAUCUCUUCUUUAACACUGUAAAUUCUACAUUCUUUCAGCACUUGAGUGAACCAAACGAGUUGAUGCUGAACUGACUUGCAUCCCUUUAUGUUUCUUAGUUUUUAGAUUUUAGACAGGGCUUCCAACCGGUUCGAAACAGUUCGGUAAUUGCUGACAUAAACAAGGGCAGCAUAUAUGUUGCAUAGCAACCAUAUCUGUUGCCUGUUGGAUUUUGACCCAAGUAGGAAACAACAGUGAUGCCCUGCUCAAAGAUGACAGCCGACCCGUGCUACUUUGAAUGUGUUGCUGUGCACAUUCCUACCAAUAAUUCGGUCUCCUCAUGGAUCCCAAGUCUCAGGAGCCUGAUGUGGGAGAUUGGAGUAUGGGCAGGACUGUGGAGAGUGACACACAUUCAAAGUGGUGUCGCCAUCUUUGAGCAGGACACUGCUGUUUGUUUCCUACUCGGGUCAAAAUCCCACCAUCGACAGAUUUGGUUACUGUGUAAUGAGUACUCUGCCCUCGUUUACGUCAGCAUUUACUGAACUGUUCUACAGCCCUGAAUUAUGAAGAUGAAAUUAUGAAAUGUGAAAGUCCCUAAACAUCCUAAGGGUGGUUAACAAGUGUCAGUUUGAUUUAAUAUGCUGCUGCAUGAGACUGCAUUGCCACUAACGGCCAGUGUACCCAGAUGUUUCCAGCGCGGUAGGCUGCUCCACACGAGAGGUAGGCUUGUGGCCUCCUAAGGUUCUGAAGAGAUUGAACCAUGGAAAUGUUCUACUUAAAGGCAUCCUGAACCCUUGCCUUAGGUGCUGUUUGAGUGGUAGGGUCUUAGAGAACAGACCAGCUAUUUCUUUACUUCAUUCAUUAUUUACAGGAAAAAAUCUUCUUUGGAAAAUAGCAGUUAUUUCAAGUGUUCGACAGUCACAGGGAAUGAAAGGCUUGCUACUGUGCUCUCUGAAUGUCGUUAACAGCCAGUGUAACCUGGUGCUAUCUGAGUUGUUUAUUCCCUUAGCUCUAGAGAAGGUAAAUAUGCCCCUGAUUUAGUGUGAUUGGACUGUGACGUAACUGUGCCUGGUAUGAAUUUGUACCUUAUAGCUCAGACUAAUAGUAAGAUUAAUAGGCCAAAAUGUACCAAUCACAUAGAUAAAAAUACAGCUUUGAGAGAAACAAAGUUUUUUUUUUUUUUUAAUCUGUACAACAAUUAGCUUCAAAUUCAGUGCAAUUUGUAGGACAGAUGACUUUAUUCUCCACUUCAUUAAUCAGUAUAAGAGAUAAUGAAAAAAAUCCAGGGAGGCUUGACGCUCAUUAGAUGAAUAUUGUGAUGAAGGGCCAACUCACAGCCAGCCCAAAGCUGCCAGCGUGGGUUCUUUCCAGUCCCAUUGACUUCGCCAGAAUAGAGCUUUGCCAGGUAACGUCCCUGUGCUGGGUAAAAGGGGUAAGGCAGCAACUGCAUAUAUUUCAAACGUUGGCCUUGAACAUAGUGGAUAGUGCAGGUGAUAGAGGAACUUGACUGAAAAAUGGAAGGUGUUAAGUAGUAGUGUGUGAGGAAAUCCAGAUGGUGGAGUCAGAAGUUAAUAUUUCACUCGUAAAUCUGUUAUCUGAGCACAAAAUUUCAUCACACAUUUAAGUGACACCCAGCUAUAGAAUUUUUUUAAGUUGCAGCAUUUUUUUUUCUUUCACAAGUUGCAACUUAGCAUAACUAUUUUGCUUUUAGAUUUUUCCAACACUUUGGGUUUAGCUUUUCAUUAGCUUGCCUUCAGUACACAUUCCACUUAACUCUUUUGUUACCAUCUCAACAUCCCUUAUUUACUGAAUGAUUUCCUUAAAAGUUAUGGCCCUGAGUGUCGUCUGAGGCUGUAGGUCCUUUAUGGAUCUGUCCCUGCAAAGGUUAACCUUGUCUUAGAACUAGGUAUAUAACUAGAAAAAGAUUUUUGAAAUGAGAUGUUCCCAUUAUGUAUUAAAUAACUUUUUGCUGAGAAAGCUUAGUGGACUAAUAAGGCAGAGGGUGUUUUGAAAUCCAUGAAAUAGUUCCCACAGCUCACUCCUACAGACGUAGAGAAGACAAUUGUGCAAGCAGCAGAGUUGGUGGCGGUCACAAGAAAUGGAGCUCGCCUGGGGGACUCCUGCUGGACUGGGGCGUGCAGAGGGCACUGGUGAAACCCUUAUACUGCAGCUGCAUCGGGGGAGUCAGGGGUCAGGGUUUUUUUUUUCUGUAUUAUUUAGUACUAAUGUGUGUGUGCAAUUUUUGUUUUAAAAACAGUACCUGUUAGACUUUGCAUAUUUUUUUUUUUGUACAGUUUUAAAUUUUAUAGGUUGUCUGGGAAGGAUACUAUGUAAUGAUGGGCCAGGCCUACAGUCAUUGGAGACUUUUAAUGUAUGUAAUAUUUUAUUAGAUUGCAUGCUAUUAAUAGUCUGUAAGGGUAGUAUUUCCAGUUUUACUGUAAGUUUCCCCCAUUUAUCUUUUCAUAAACUAAAAGAUGGUAUUAGGAAUUCCAAACGAAUGCAGAAAUCUUACAUGCUACGUGUUGUUAAUGUUGUGGCAAAGAUGAUCCAAGUCUAAAAUCUGCUGACCAGUAAGCAAGCAUUUUAUCAACAAAGAGGGAAUCUAACGGGAGAGAAUUUGUCCCUCGUGGAGUGCUGCUUUUUGACUUGUGUGUCCACUCCUUUUUCCUUAAAAAAAAAAGUGGCUGAAUAGUUUUUUUUUCUUGGCGGGGGGAAGGUGGUGGAUUAUUUGAAAUUUCCUGAGGGUAUGAAUGAAAAUACACUUUCUUGUUGUCUUUGACCUUAUGAGUAUGGCCAAGGCAACAAAUCAAACAAAAAUAUUGCCAGUAUAUCAAAAUCUAGACCUGAGAGAUUUGUCUGCCAUUUGGAAUAUGAAUCUUUUAUGAUGUCUUGUUCAAUAUUUUCCAUCUUUUGGCGACUUGAUUUCUGUCUCAGAGGCACCUGCUGUUUCCAUUUUAGAGUUAGGGUUGGCAAGGGCCAAGUACCUUUGCUGUGUUCCUAAAAGGUAUUGGAUGAGACACUUUCAUCCCCCUCUUCCCUUCUUCCUGCUGCUGUUUAUUACCCAGCUAGAGAGACUGUUUUAUACAUCUUUACAGUGAUGUCUGUAACGUAGCUGUGUUCCUUAGCAGUCUUUCGUUGGCUAAGGAAAGGUUAAGAUUUUUCUGUCUGGGAGGCAUUUAUCUGUUUUGUUUUCAUUUUCUUUUAGCAGGCGACCUUUCUGUAUUAAGAACUGUUCUUUUAUCUUUUACUACCUUUUCUUGUGGAGCAUGGCAUAUCCUGAAAGCCACCUUUACCUUUAAAAGGGUUUGAUGGAGGAAUUGGCAGAUGACUCCCUACCAAGUCCUUAAAGAGUGGCAAUUUUAAUCACUUCUGUGUUUCUCUGCCCAGAAACUCGUUUGGUGUUAAGGUGAUAGUUUUCCCCCAUGUGAUUUAUUUAGAAUUAUAGACUUUAGAGCUAGAAGAGAUUUUCGUUCAGUCUCCUUUCAUUGGUGAGGGCAGAUGUUUUAUUUCAGAUGAACAGCUAUGGUAGAGUUCCUGACUUGAUGCCCAGUGUUCUCUCCACUGCACAACUGUCUUAAUUGAAUGUGCUGUAUUUUUCUCUGAAAAUUAAAGAGUUCUACUUGUUGUCUUCAGGAAGAUACUUGAAAAGAUAUGCCAUGUUUCAAUAAAUACCAUCAGAGUAUUCUGUGUCUUUUAAAGGAGUGGACUAAGUACAGAACCCUUCUAAACGACACUCAGUGCAAACAGUCUUCCCCAUAAGGUGUAUGCAGAAAAGCGUACCAUUGCAGCAUUCGGCAGGAGCACAGCACUGCCAACAGCCAUAUUGGAGAGAGCCUUAUAAAAGUUAUUACACAGAGGCAUUGUGCUCCUUACCUUAUGUUUACUUUAUGCUGAUCUUUGUUCCUUUUCUAAUUGAGAAUCUUGUAAUUCUUUAAAAAAAAAAUUGACAAAUGACAGGGCCUAGCUGUGUAUAAAUGAUCCUUGCUAAAUAUCUUGAGGUUUUUUUGUAGAACAAAAAGCUUAUUUUCACAUUAAAAUGGAAAUGUCUUUUGCAACUUCAGAAUUCUGUGGAAAAGCAGUUUUUACCAUACACGUGUGUCCAUGCACCUUUUUCUUAACAAAAUAGUUUACAAAAAGGAAUGUAAACAGUUUGUGAUCUGGCCACUUGUACUUUGAGCUCCCAGAGGGAGGGUUGGCGUUGUGAGUGGAGUAACACACGUACAGGAAGACGUGAGGGAGCAGCCUGUUGCCAGUCAGGUUUCUUGUGUGCGUGCCAUUAAGCCACCUCCAGAUGAGUGGGGGAACAUUCAUUUUUUUAACUGUAUCUGGAAUUAAUUGUUGCUGUGUACUAAGAACUUGACCUAAAUAAAAUCCCACAAAGUGUA